AUGAAAAACAGAAAAAGGAAGCCAAAAUCUGAGACUCGUUGUGGUUUCCUGGCUAGAUUUGUAGUUCGUUUUGUGGCUUACACUGAAAAAUGGCAUAUGGCUUUGUUUGUUGAAUCGCACAAUUAUGUUUGUCUUGAUCCUAGGUUAGUUGGUUUUCUUCCUACACAUAGAAAUGCUAGUCAAAUGAACAACAUGAAGGAUGCAGGUAUUAGCACACCCUAUAUAUAUGCUAUGUUAGCUAAUCAAGCAGGUGGUUAUGAAAAUGUUAAUUAUACCUUAAGGGAUAUGUAUAAUGAGAUUGCUAGGCGAAGGCAUCAUGUCUUGGGUGAUGCUAGAGCGGCAUUGCAAUACCUCAAAAACCAGAAAGCUGAAGAUACAAGCCUCUAUUAUGAGCACAUAGUUGAUGCUAAAGGGGUAUUGCGAGCUCUAUUUUGGUGUGAUAAAUUUAACAUAACACACUAA